AUGGCCUGGUUCAGAAGCCUCACCAAGCAUACUGCUUUUCAUCUCAGCAGACCCAGAAACACAGACCCUUUUCACCUUUUGCCACCUUUCACUACUUUUCUCUCUCACUUCAGCAGCACCGUCGCGGAGGAGAGCCCCUCUUCCGGUUCAGCUGCUCCGGUUCCGUAUGCCGGUUUGGGACAAACGAAGCCCCACGAGAAGCCACGGGUGGUGGUGCUGGGUUCCGGUUGGGCCGGGUGCAGGCUCAUGAAGGGGUUGGACCCUGAAAUCUAUGACAUUGUUUGUGUCUCACCUCGCAACCACAUGGUUUUCACCCCUCUCUUGGCUUCAACCUGCGUUGGUACUCUCGAGUUUAGAUCCGUUGCUGAACCCAUUGCAAGGAUCCAACCCGCUAUUUCCAAGGAACCCGGUUCUUAUUUCUUCCUUGCUAAUUGUACUUCCAUCGAUGCUGAUAAGCAUGAGGUGCAAUGUGAGACUGUAACUGAAGGAGUGCAGACACUAGAUCCAUGGAAGUUUACAAUAUCAUAUGAUAAGCUAGUAAUUGCAUUAGGAGCACAACCCACAACUUUUGGAAUUCAUGGAGUCCAUGAACAUGCAAUUUUUCUUCGUGAAGUUCACCAUGCACAGGAAAUUCGUCGGAAGUUGCUCCUGAACUUGAUGAUGUCUGAUGUUCCAGGGAUUACGGAAGAGGAAAAACAAAGGCUGUUACACUGUGUGGUUGUGGGAGGAGGUCCCACAGGAGUUGAAUUCAGUGGUGAAUUAAGUGAUUUUAUCAUGAAAGAUGUCCGCCAGAGAUAUUCUCAUGUGAAGGACUAUAUCCAUGUUACUUUAAUUGAGGCCAAUGAGAUAUUAUCCUCCUUUGAUGACCGACUCAGGCGCUAUGCCACCGCGCAGUUGACAAAGUCAGGAGUUCGACUUGUUCAUGGCAUUGUGAAAGAUGUGCAAGAUCAGAAGAUUAUCCUUAAUGAUGGUACCGAGGUUCCAUAUGGUUUGCUGGUAUGGUCUACUGGAGUUGGUCCAUCGCAAAUUAUUCACUCUUUGGAUCUCCCUAAAUCUCCUGGUGGAAGGAUUGGCAUUGAUGAAUGGCUUCGUGUUCCUUCAGUACAGGAUGUCUUCUCAAUAGGUGACUGCAGUGGAUUUGUUGAAAGUACUGGAAAACCAACACUUCCUGCUUUAGCCCAAGUGGCAGAGAGGCAAGGUAAAUAUUUAGCUAACUUAUUAAACAAAAUAGGUAAGGCCGAUGGAGGGCGUGCAAACAGCAUAAAAGACAUAGACUUUGGGGAUCCGUUUGUUUACAAGCACCUAGGUAGCAUGGCAAGUGUUGGCAGUUAUAAGGCUCUAGUGGACCUCAGACAGAGCAAGGAAGGGAAAGGGUUAUCUCUGGCAGGUUUUAUUAGUUGGUUUGUUUGGCGCUCAGCAUAUCUUACUCGUGUCAUCAGCUGGAGGAACAGAUUCUAUGUAGCUAUCAACUGGGCUACAACUUUUGUGUUUGGCCGUGAUAUAAGCAGAAUAUGAAAAUUUUAAGGUUAUUAUUAAAACAAUAAGAGGAUGAUGAAAUUCAAUUUGGUAGAAACAGCAAGUAAUUCUCAAGAGAUGAAUUUCAGUUCGCUAAACAGCAAGGAUCUGUACUUGUUCAUGAUAUUUGCUACAUGUUCAAUUUGGUAGAAACAGUGGCAGUGGAAAAGAGGUUACACGAGUGUUAGCUCAAAAGGGAAGACAAUAAAUUUGGCCGUCUUUGGCCUUUCAUUCAUAAUCAAAAGUGUAUACACGUCAUGAUUCAAUUUGCAGCAUCUCGUAUAUUGCU